AUGCCUCACACCGACGUGGAUGUACUUGUCAUUGGCGCUGGUCCCACAGGUCUAGGUGCUGCAAAGCGAUUGAACCAAAUUAACGGCCCGUCAUGGGCGAUCAUUGAUUCGAACGAGAUCCCCGGUGGUCUCGCAUCUACAGAUGUCACCAAGGAAGGCUUCCUAUACGACGUGGGCGGACACGUCAUAUUCUCUCACUACAAGUACUUCGACGAUUGCAUCGACGAGGCCCUGCCCAAGGAAGACGACUGGUACACACAUCAACGUAUCUCCUACGUACGAUGCAAGAACCUGUGGGUGCCAUACCCGUUUCAGAACAACAUCUCCAUGCUGCCCAAGGAAGAUCAAGUCAAAUGUAUUGAUGGUAUGAUCGAUGCUGCUCUUGAGGCAAGAGUCGCAAAUACAAAGCCAAAGGACUUUGAUGAGUGGAUUGUACGCAUGAUGGGCACAGGCGUUGCAGAUCUCUUCAUGCGGCCCUACAACUUCAAGGUCUGGGCUGUACCAACAACCAAGAUGCAGUGUCAGUGGCUCGGUGAGCGCGUUGCUGCGCCCGAUCUCAAGAACGUUACCAAGAACGUCAUCCUCAAUAAGACUGCUGGUAAUUGGGGUCCAAACGCAACAUUCCGCUUUCCUGCGCGUGAUGGCACAGGCGGAAUCUGGAUCGCUGUCGCCAACACCUUGCCCAAGGAGAAGACUCGAUUUGGCAAGAAGAACACCGUGAAGAAAGUCGAUGCCGAUGGCAAACGUGUCCUGCUUGAGGAUGGAUCCACGAUCGGCUACAAGCGCCUCAUCAGCACCAUGGGUGUUGACUACCUCACAGAAGCUAUGGGUGACCAGAAACUUCACGACCUCAGCAAAGGACUCUUCUACAGCAGUACCCAUGUCAUUGGUGUCGGCAUUCGUGGCAGUCGGCCGGAGCGCAUCGGCGACAAGUGCUGGCUCUACUUCCCCGAGGACGACUGCCCCUUCUAUCGUGCCACUAUCUUCUCCAACUACUCACCAUACAAUCAGCCGCAAGACGACGUCAAGCUUCCCACACUACAGCUCGGUAAUGGAUCGCGUCGCCAAAGCAUGCAAGCCAAGGCCGGUCCCUACUGGUCAAUCAUGUUGGAAGUGUCCGAGUCUAGCAUGAAGCCUGUCGACAACGACAAUUUGCUUAAGGAGUGCAUUCAAGGUCUCGUCAACACCGAGAUGAUCAAGCCGGAAGACGAAAUUGUCUCGACGUAUCAUCGACGAUUUGACCACGGCUAUCCGACACCCUCCCUCGAGAGAGAAGGUGUUCUGAAGGAGCUUCUCCCUGCUCUGCAAGCGAAGGGCAUCUACAGUCGUGGUCGCUUCGGUAGCUGGCGGUACGAGGUUGGCAACCAAGAUCACAGCUUCAUGUUGGGUGUAGAAGCAGCAGAUAACAUCGUCAACGGUGCUGCGGAAUUGACGCUCAAUUAUCCCGAUUUCGUCAACGGCCGCAAGAACGAUGAAAGACGUCUGGUCGAGGGUGGCAGCCUGUUCGCCAAGGAGAAGGGUAAUGUCACCACCGGUCGCCGCAUGACUGGAGGCAAGGGCACUUUGGGCGGGACACUCCCUACACUCACUCCUACCAAGAACAACAUCUCUACCGUCAAUGGCACGUCUUGA